AGAGAUAGAGAAAGAGAAAGUGAACGAGAACGUGAGAGGGAACGAGAUAGAAGUCAUAAACCCAGUCGGAUGCGUAGGAGCAGUCGUUCAAGAAGCCAGUCUCUACUGAGAAUACGUCGCAUAGAGCCACGCUCUUUGACUCGUUCACGUAGUCGUAGUAUUCAGCGCUGGCGCCGACCAUCCAGGUCUCGAUCACGAUCCCCACACAUGUCUCGUAACAGCAGGCGUUGGAGUCGGUCACCAAGCUACACUGUGGUGCGUGGUCCCACAUCACGUGUUCGCAGUCGCAGUCGUAGUCGCCCUAAGGCAUUAAAACGUGCUCGCACCCGCAGUCCUCUACUGAGACCAAGAUCUCGCAGCCCAUCUUCAAGGCAGCGUUCACGAACCCCAAAGGCAUUGAGGUCUCAUAGUCCAAGAACUCCACCGAACAAACACUCCAGAUUACGCUCAAGAAGUCCUGUGAGGAGUCCUCAUUCUCCUAGGAGCCCUAUCUCAUCUUCACAUGCUCCAAAAGUCAAAGAUCUUGGCCUUGCUAAAAUGAGUGAGACAAGUUUGUUUGCAGAAUUGGUGAAAGAUAAAAAUAUGAGAGAACUGGCAAUGAAACGUUUGGCAGCCAUCAAAGAAAAGAAGAAAGAAAAUAAAGACAGUGAACCAGAGGAGUGUACACCUGUGAAAGAAGUAACUAGCACAGAACCUUCACAAGUAGUUCCGGUGGAUAUUGGUCAGAGCACAUAUAUUACACCUUCUGAUGUGAACAAUAUUCCAAUACCUUGUAGUGACACUGUGCAGUCAAGUCAAGCUGGCUAUACAUCAGUGCCAACACCAGCAAAUUUUAUAUACCCCCCUCCAGCAGCAGUGGCAGCAGCAGUAGUAGUGCCAAACACUCAAGUUCCUCCUGUCCUGCAGCAGGUUCCAAGCAGUGUAAUACCAGUGUCUUCUGCCAUCAUACCAACACAUCAGCUUCAAGUUACUGCACCACCACCUUCCAGCUAUCCAAAUCUAUCAUCAGUGUCAACUCCAGUUAGUAGUUCAAUAAUGGCGAUGGGGUCAGGACAGCAGACAGCUGUGAAAAUUACUCCACCCAGGACCAUUAUUACUAUACCUGAUAAUAGUAUGGACAUAUCUCCUGUUCAUGAAAACUCUAAUGAUGCCUCAUUAUCAAAUAGUGCUCCUGAUGUGAUACAUAUAGAUCCAGAACCCCCAGAAGUAAAAACAUCUGUUAGUGAACCUGUUCUCAUUAAACCAAAACCAGUUAAUAUUGUUGAGAUUGAAGUAAGCAAGCCUACCGUAGCAGAAGUUACACCAUCAGUAUUGAAACCAAAAAGCUUAACAAAGCUGCCAAUGCCUCCUGGGAUUCGACAAAGUGACUUUGAGAGUAUUGAUUCACCUCCGAGUCGCUCACCUAGCCCUGAGCCAGUCAUCAACAAACAUAAAACUCCGCCAAGGAAAGGGAUCAGGGAUCUUCCUAUGCCACCAGUUGUUCCUGGGUCAGAAGAGCUUAGUGCAGAUGAAGACACAAUUUUGACACCACCUCCACCAGUUGUAGUACCUGAGAAACUUCCCAGGUCAAGCAACAGAAUCAUGCCUCGUCCAAAACUCAAACGGCCUAAAAUUCUGCGUCGCCGAGGUUCAAGGAAUACUACAUCAUUGACAGCUGGAGGUAGAAACUGGGGUGAACGAUGCGUGGAGGUGUUUGAAGUAAUUGCUCAGAUUGGAGAAGGAACAUACGGCCAAGUAUACAAAGCAAAGGAUAAGAGAUCAGUUGAACUGGUAGCACUGAAGAAAGUAAGGCUGGAAAAUGAGAAGGAAGGUUUUCCCAUCACAGCAGUAAGGGAAAUAAAGAUCUUGCGACAACUGAAUCAUAAGAACAUCGUGAACCUGAGAGAAAUUGUCACAGACAAGCAAGAUGCUUUAGAUUUCCGGAAGGACAAAGGAUCUUUCUACUUGGUAUUUGAAUACAUGGACCAUGAUUUAAUGGGACUUCUGGAGUCAGGUAUGGUAGAUUUCAAUGAAGCACACAAUGCAUCAAUAAUGAGACAAUUACUUGAUGGGCUGAACUAUUGUCACAAGAAAAACUUCCUACACCGGGACAUUAAGUGCAGCAACAUUCUUAUGAACAACAGGGGGGAAGUUAAAUUGGCUGAUUUUGGAUUGGCCCGGUUGUAUAGUGCAGAAGAUCGUCAGCGCCCAUACACUAACAAGGUGAUCACAUUAUGGUAUCGACCUCCUGAACUGCUACUUGGUGAGGAGAGGUAUGGUCCAGCAAUUGAUGUUUGGAGUUGUGGGUGCAUUCUUGGGGAACUCUUCUGGAAGAAACCACUUUUUCGGGGCAAUGUUGAGUUGAUGCAGCUGGAAAUAAUUUCAAACUUGUGUGGCACGCCAACACCAGCAGUGUGGCCAUCAGUGAUCAAAUUGCCGUUAUGGCACACAUUGAAGCCUAAGAAGCCACACCGCCGACGAUUGCGAGAAGAGUUUUCUUUCAUGCCUUCAACUGCACUAGACUUACUAGAUAAAAUGUUGGAACUAGAUCCAGAGAAGCGAAUUACUGCCGAAGAUGCUCUCAAAUCUGCGUGGUUGAAGAAUAUUUGCCCGGAAAAGAUGCCUCCACCAGAACUACCAACAUGGCAAGAUUGUCAUGAGUUAUGGAGUAAAAAGCGCCGUCGUCAAUUGAAGGAACAGCAGGAAUCUCUUCAGAACCUGCCUCCAGGCAAACCUACAUUGCUUAAAGACAAGUCAAUUUCUAACAAAGUGUUCGACGAAGGAUUGGACAUUGGCGGAUCUCCCAACUGCACCCCUUCGAAGCAGACCUUGUGUGAAAGCUCAUCAAAAGCUCUGAAGAAAGAAGCAGCAGGGUUUUCUUCUCGAGGACCUUGUGAAGAUUCGUACAACCAAGCUAUAUAUGCAGCAGCUAUUGCUGUGUCUGGAGGUGGUGGAACCAUGGGGCCUUCUCCAGCUCCGCCAUCCUCUCCACCUCCUGGGGGACUUGUAGGAAGGCCCAUCCCCAGAAUAGGAACUUGUGAGUCAUCUCUGACCCCUCCUAACAAUCCUACGUCUAGAACUAGUGCUGGUAUGCACAUUACAUCACCAAGUCAUGCUGAUGGCUCUCAUACACCACCUGCUGGAAUGGGACACAUGUUGCCAGAAGAUCUGAUGGCGGCAGGGGGAGGUGGAGAAUUAAUGUCUUUACAGAGACAGCUUUCUGUGUUGUCACACUCUCUCGUUAAUAAUUUGCCAAUCAGAGCAGAGCAGCUCUUGGCUCUUCGUAAUGAGAAUGAGGCUGAUCCCCGUACGCAUCAGCUGAUUGAAACACUGCAUUUGGAAUUGAGACAAGCAGCAGCACUUGCAGCAAACAAGUUUAAUAGCACAUCUUCUGUGGCAUCAGUCCCCCACAAACUAGAUCCUAAGCAGCAUGUGUUCAAUCCUGAAGGAGGUAGUUCAUGGGGGCAAGGCAACAAGAUGGACACUUUUGAUGCCUACAUGGAGUAUGCGGGUGACAAUGCAGUGAGCAACAAUACAGGACGUGCUAAGGAGUCCACAUCUCUAGCAACUGAUGGGGUCCGAGCAACUCUGGCAUCUUUGUUCUCACGGCAUGGUCUGUCAGGUGCUGCUGGCAUACUUAUGCAGCCACAAAUCAAGGAUUCAGGUACAGUACCAGCUCCACAAUCUCGCACUCCACUCCUACACUCGGGUUACAGUGGUGAUGUUAAAAGUGAGCAGAAGUCUCCAGAUGCUCCAGAGGGACAACCAAUCACAACAACUUAUAACACCGUGGAACCUAGAAUAGACAUCGGGGAUAGUAGUAAUCCUGGUGAUAAUGUUUCACAUAGUCCUCUUACGCCAGCUGAUAGGGGUGGGUAUCCUCCUGUAGUAGUGACAGGAAUGUUUCCACGGGGCCAUGGCAGAGGAUGGGGUCCACCUCCUAGACACACGUUACUUCCCAACCCUUCUCAUAUACAUCCUAACUUGCCUCCUCCCGUUGUGGAAAGUGUUCCUCCCAUUUAUACUCGUCCUCCACCCCCGAUUCAGCAUAGGCCAAUGAAUCCUUGGGGUGGGGGAAGAAGUGGUGGAAAGUUCAAACCUUGGAAUGCUCAAGGACACUCUACAAAUAGAUAGUGAAGUGGCAGAACAAACUAGUGGGCAUAAACUGAAUCAUUCUGAUAAAACUAUAAUUUCUGUUGAUCAACAGUUGAAGACCUUUGUGUCCUCAGGUUGCGUGCAGAUCAGUGAAAUGUGGACGAACAUAAUUCCUAACUAUUACCAAAUAUUGCAUUGUAUAUAGAGAAACAUUUAUUUCAGAUGAUAAAUUGUUGGAUAUCAUUACAAUUGUCAUAUUAUAUGUUAGAAGUAUGGUUCUUUCCCCUACCAACUACAUGUUCUUACCAGCUGUUUUAUGGUGGUAAAUGAAAUCUCCAAACAUGCUCUGCAGAUGUCAGCAAGAUAUUAUCAAAGUUGAAUGCUGGGGUCCCAUUAUUCUCCCCUUUUUUUAAUGUACAAGUACUUCAGCUCUCCUCAUGCAAAGAUUCUUAUGAGGAGAAUGGAAAAAACAGGAUACUGUGUAUAGUUUAUUGUUGGCUAAUAAUAAUGUUGUAAUUACAAAUUGUACAUUUUAAGAGUGCAUGUAUUGUGUAACUGGGGUGAUCAUUUUAGGUUUGGAAAGUACACUGAAAUUUCGGCAGACAAUAGGCUAGUGAAUACUAACAGCAUUUUGUUUUUAUUCUUAGAAUGCCUGUGUUUAGUUUGACCAUGGUAAACAAUAUGCCUCUUGUUGUCAGUGUUGUAAAUGGAUACAGCAUGUGAUCACCUUUCACUGUAAGGACUGUACCAUAUCUCAAACAUUGUAGCCAAAUCUAAUUUUUUGUUUUCAUAUAAAAACUUAGAUAUGGUAUUUGCAAAUCACAUUAUUUUAAGCCUGAAACACUCAUUGGUAGUAGAAUGAAUAUACCAACAUCUUAUAAAUUAUUAUUCAUCCUUAAUGAAAUAAAUAGUAUAUUUAAUAAAUUUGUUAUUUCUAGCACAAACAUCUUAUCUGAAAAGGGAAUGGUUUUUAUGACAAAUGUUCCCUAUAUUUUGUCAUGGACAAUUAAGUGGCAGUCAAUUCAACCAUGCCUCUCCAUAUCAGAAAAUAAAGUCAAAGCAUACACCCAAAGACUCAAAAUGGAUGCAGGAAUGUACAUCUACGCACAAGACUUCUUGACCAGGACAGCUAACCCCUCAUUAUUAUACCUGUGCAUGUAAUGUGAACGUGAAAAUACAUGUAUAGGAUUUGAGGUUCUCACAGCGGUGGUUAUGAGGUGUUCUGUAUUCUGGGAUAUAAGACCAUGUAGACCAAUGAAAAUCAACCAACGUUGCAGAGGAAAAUGUUGCCUCCAUUUUCAGGAUCAAAGAAUUAGCAGAGCUAGCCACCUGCUUCACACUGGUUUCUUGCUUGGCUUUGACCCUGGAAAUUUAGGUGACAUGUUCCUCCAAAACAUCAGCUGACUUUCAUUGGAUCACAUGGCAUUAAAUCCCAGGAGAUAGAACUCAUUGCGAAAAUGCAUGUCAAUUUUAUGUGAUUCGAAAAUCAUUUUUCUCUGGAGUAGGUUUGUAUGAAUAGGUCUUUCUAUUUUGUUUUGUAUAUUAGAUCAUAUAGCUAUAGUUGCUGACAUUUCCUUUUAAUUGUCUGCUACUGAUUAUAAAUUAUCUAUCCAGUAUCUGUUUUGUCCUUGUAGCAAUUUGUUCUUAGGAAUGUAAUAUUCUUGACAUAUGCUACUGUCCUUGUGGAAGGCUCAGACUGAAUGAAAUCCAACACUUCCUGUAGCCUCAUCACUGUUACCUGGGUCCAGUCAGACCUUCCAGGCUUAAAGAAGGAGCUGUUGCCAUCCCAAUAUUGGUUUGGGGUAUAGAUACUUGCUUUACAGUGAUUAGACAACUAAUCGGCAUUUUAGAUUCCUGGAAUUUGGGCUGUGGGUAAGCAUCAUAUAUACAGGACCACUCCAAGAAACAGCACCAGAUUUACUUGAAAUAGCAAUAUUUAUUCAACUGGUGUAGCAUUUUAUAAAUGUUAUGUAUUGCUGUUGGAAGUGGAAUUAUCCACCGUCAGGCGACUGGAGCCUUUCUUUUCUGGUUAAAUUUGCGUAAUCGGUACAGUUACUGGUAUUGGAGGUUCUCGUGGUAGUGAAUAUUAAAAUGAUGGUCUUCUGAAAUGUGAUGCCGUGUAGUUUGGUAGGUAGGCACCAGUGUUUCAGAGGAACCUACUGCCUCCAUCUUCAUGGUAGAAGUGUAGGAAUGACUCGUAUGUCCUGAAGGUGAAGGCAGUGGCUUCUUCUGAAAUGGUGGUACGUGUCUACCAGAUUAUGUGGAAUCGUAUCCAAGAACUCCAUAUUCUUAGUACAGAUUUUGAUUUUGUGUUAUUUUUUGGGGGGCUAAUAUUGAAUAAUGUUUCAACAGACAAAUAUAGGUACCCAAACAUUCUGGUACAUUACAGCUGUAGAAGGUUAUGAUUCAAAUUAAGUAGGAUACUCUUGGUUGCCAUCACAAAUACAACAGUACAUGUGCUGUCAUACCUUGAGUAUGAAUGACAUGAGAGUGGGAAGAACGUUUAUAUCCAUGUGACAGUGGCAGUGUGUUUUGCUGCUCACUUUCUGAAAGCAUUCAUUUUUGUCACAUGAUAAAAAUAUCAAAAUAAACAGUUUAAAAUCAAUAACAAAUUUGUACAAAUUUUUAUGUGUAAGGAAUAGACAUUAGCACAAUUGUCUUUCAUGCCGUAAGUUCUUUAAUAGCACUAAAGUUAGCAAAGUUUUCAAAUAUCCCAACUUCUUUUGUGAACACAACCCUCUUGUUUGAAAAGCUAUACUGAGAAUGAGAAGCAUAUGUGUGUAUCACAUGGGUCCUACAGAGGAAUGAGUUUUGUAGAAAGUACCCAUGUAUUAUGUCAUAAGUCUGUAAGUUCUAUGCCUAAAAUUAUAUUUUUACAUCAUACUGUAUUAGGGUAUCUAGAAAUAGGCUGCUAAAUUGACAAGUGAGAAGGACUAGCCUAGUUAUUUUGAAACAUCUGUCAAAUUAAUAAUGUCCGUACAUUUUCAAAGCAGAGCAAGUGUAUUGAAUUGAAUAUAUUUUUGUUUUCUUAGUUAUGGCCCUUUGAGUUCAUAGAAGUGAAGUGCUGUGCAUACAGCUGAGUAAAUUAAAGUAAAUUAAAUCUUGUAUUAUUUGAAUGAAGGUAGACAUUUAUUUUUAUGUGUGAUAUGUGGAGAUUUGUCCAAGUGUUACACUUUCAGUGCAAUACUUCAUCACUUUCAGGCUAGUCCCUUACACAUAAUGUUGAUUUGCCUAAUCAUAAUAUUUGCCACAAUGAUAUGGCAUCAGUAAAUUUUUUUUGAUACAAGCUCUUAAAUCCCAAGAUUUUUAUAUUCUCUGAAUUUCAGUACUUAUAUUUAUUGUGUCAGUUAAAUUUAAAUGUCCUUAUACUGAGGUUGAACUCUUACAGUUACUUUCUCAUGAUAGUUUCAGAUUUCUUUCGUAUACCUGAACUUACACACUUAGUAUAUUGUCUCUUUAAUAUUUUCAGUUACAUAUAGUGGUAUCAUUCUUUAAUGUGGAGGUAUGUUGCCAGUAUGUUAAUUUAAUGGUUUGUCUUGUUAUAGUAUGAUAACAUGACAGUAGUUGUUAGGAAAUGUUUUUAGAAAGUGAAUGACAUAAACUACAGUACUGUGCCUUGUGCUGCAAAUCCACAUCUCUAAGCUAAUACAUAAUCAUGUUUUUUCUUCUCUGGUGCAAGGCAUGGUAAAUUGCCUUGGUGCUUUAUAAUUUAGAAACGGUCAUAAAAUGAAAGUUGAUGUUCUCUGUGAGUUAUACACAGUGUGGUGAUGUACUGUUUCUUGAAGAAAAAAAGAGAAAACUGGAAUGAACUUUUAUUCAUAUAUAUGAAUUUGCUAAUGUAAGUGGAAAGUGGUGUGAGUAUCGGUAAGAGAAGAUCAGCACAUUCCUCUACAAGUCCAACCCAAAUAGUCUGGUCAGUAUGGUAUGAAGAGCAGGUGGGUUAGGGCUUUUUGACUCACCAUGUUGCUGACAGGAUGUUUGACUGACAUGUGGUUAUUCAUCUCAUUUUGGUGGAAAUGAUUAAAAUAAAAUGAAGGAGCACUUAACCAGA